GACAACUAGUGCGGCAACCUUGGAAGUGGAAGACGUGUCACACAUUUCAGCUUCCGCAUAUGUGGACAAGUCAUCAGAUCCUCCAGCAUUAGCUGAUGGAGGACUGGUCAGACUGUCCGUCAUUCGCUGAAGGGAAGGACGAGCCAGGCACACCAGCAUCUGCAGACGGCCAAGAUAACGACACUGAAAACAAUUGUCUCCCGUUUGCAAACGGUCUGGAUGAGCUACGCCAAAGCCCAGUUCACAAUCGUCUGCCGCUACAGCCUGGCAACAUAAGGCUACUAACGAUACAACCUGGCAAAGCCGACACCAAAAUACGUUGUACUCUCGCAGUGUAUCCUCUCGACGCGCAUCUCAAAUACUCUGCGCUCUCGUACGCCUGGGGCUCCCGUCUGGCCAACCGCGGUAUAAUUCUGAACGGACUGACCUUCGCCAUACCGAAAAAUCUAUGGCGCUUCCUGCGAUGCAGGAGAGCUGCAAACACCAAGCGCUCCGAGCUUCUCUGGAUCGACGCCGUAUGUAUCAACCAGGCUGACUCGGCCGAGCGCACACAGCAGGUCGGUAUGAUGGCACAGAUUUAUGGAAGCGCAUCCGGUGUACUUGCGUGGCUUGGCCCUUCCCACCACAACAGUGACGUUGCUAUGCGAGCCAUUGGCAAGGGUCUUCAGUAUUCACUCACGAACACGCGCUUCUGCGAUCUUGCACACAGUCCAACCGGAAGCCGCCAUCCACAGCUUGUGUAAUAGGUCGUACUGGACUCGACUCUGGGUCUUCCAGGAACUUCUGUUGGCCAAGAAGAUUACCCUGGUGUGUGGUCAUCAAACGCUCCGGUGGAAGACCC